AUGCGGAACUGUGCAAUUCUACGCCGUCGUUUACAUUCCUCGGUCCCCAAUCUCUUACCUUUGCGCGCACAGAUCCCGAUACGGUCUCCGGCGCUCGCGCGACACUACUCCACACGCCAACCGAGGGAGGCUUCGUCCUUCUGGUCCGUUACAUUCGCUCUCGUCGCUGUCACUGGAGGCGCCUGGAUUCACAGUAUAUACUCCAAUCCCAAUUCCAAGCAGCAGCUGCCCGCGCCUUCCCGGAUCCCUCCGCAAGAACCCUUCCUCGGUGUUAUCGAUACUCUCCAAACCAUGACUGCCGAACCCGCCCCAGGUACCAUCGGGACCCUCACCCCGGAGCAGGAGGCCAAACUCCAAGAAUUCUGGGUACUCACACUCAAAGUCUUCGGCGUCAAGCUCGAAGCCCUCGAAGCCGAGGCCAAUGGCAAAGCCAGCCACGAGGCACAAAGCCCACCGAAGGAGAAGAAGUUGCCCUCCAAGCGCAGCAAAUGGGGAUUCUUCGGCCGCGCCGACGACGAAGAUGAUGCCAAGAGCGUUUCGUCUGUGAAUGGCAUCUCAUCAAACUUGGCACACAUCAACAUCACCGACGGCGAUGACAAGUACGGCCAGUCCAAGGAAUUCCAGCAGGCGCUGGAACAGAUGGAACCGGAGGAGAUUCGCACCGCAUACUGGAACAUGGUGAAGCAGGAUCACCCGGAUUCGCUGCUUCUGCGCUUCCUGCGCGCUCGCAAGUGGGACGUCAAGAAGGCGCUUAUCAUGAUGAUCUCCACCAUGCGCUGGCGUCUGCAGGAUGUCCAUGUUGACGAUGAUAUCAUGGCCAACGGCGAGGCCCUGGCCGUGAAGCAGUCAAAGAGCAGCGACGCUGCGGAGAAGAAGAAGGGAGAGGAGUUCCUCCACCAAAUUCGACUGGGCAAGAGUUUCCUGCACGGCGUGGACCGCUUCGGUCGUCCUAUCUGUCUUGUCCGUGUUCGUCUGCACAAGGCUGGUGAUCAGGAACCGGAGGUCCUCGAGCGGUUUACCGUUUACACUAUUGAGACGGCACGUUUGUUACUGGCUCCUCCAGUUGAGACGGCGACCAUUGUUUUCGAUAUGACCGGCUUCUCUCUGGCGAACAUGGACUACACCCCCGUCAAGUUCAUGAUCAAGUGCUUCGAGGCAAACUACCCCGAAUCCCUCGGAUCUGUCCUCAUCCACAAGGCCCCGUGGCUCUUCUCCAGUAUCUGGAGCGUAAUCAAGGGCUGGCUCGACCCCGUCGUCGCAGCCAAGAUCCACUUCACCAAGAACCGAGAAGACCUGGAAGCGUUCAUCCCAAAGAGCCAAAUCAUCAAGGAGCUUGAAGGCGACGAGAACUGGGAAUACGAAUACACCGAGGUCAAAGAAGGCGAGAACAAGUUAAUGGAAGACACAGAAACUCGCGACAAGCUACUCGCCGAACGCCAGAUCCUCGCUAAGGAGAUCCAGGAUAUCACCAUCGAGUGGGUCCGCGCCAGCUUCAAGAAAGAAACCGAGGCUGCGUCUGCUGCUAAGGAAAAGCGUGAUGGCCUGAUUGAGGACUUGCGCAAGCAGUACUGGGUUCUUGACCCCUACAUUCGUGCUCGCUCGCUGUACGACAGAUUGAACAUCGUCAAGGGUGAGGGUAAGAUUGAGUUCUACCCAAGUGCGGAGAACGAGGCGAAGACUGCAUAA